AGAAAUCCGGGUGUUUCCUUUCUCGGAUUUCAUCAAGUUUGUUGUGCGUGUUGUAGGCGGCGAUGCUGCGACUGGCGAUGGUGAUUGUGUUUUUGGCAGGCUGUCAGAUAUCCGAGACGCUGCAAUGCUACGACUGCGGAGGAUCACACUUUCACUCUGGCUCUCACCUCAACUGUAAUAUGUGUAGAAUCGAAACAUGUUUGGAUGCCACAUCUCAAUGCCUAACUAAAGUUGACAAAUCGAUACCUACAUUUUCUCGAACUACCAUCAAUUGUUCCAAAGACUGUGCACCAAUGGAGUCAGCUACUCUAUCCACAAAAUGUUGUUCUUCAAAUCUGUGCAAUCGAGAGCGAACAGGCUGUUCAGCUCCAUCCAGUGAGGCCACUAUGACAUCUUCAGUUGUGACACAAGCAGUGGGUAGCUCACCUAUGCCUGAAGGAGGUACAGGGAAACCUGGAGCAGCAAAUCGAGGACACGAGGCUUUUCUUUUCUUAUUGUUUUGCUGUUUGGUAGUUGCUUUUAUCAUCUAGGUCACCAGUAGUGGUACACUAAGUUAGUAGAGUUAUUGAAAUUAACGUGAAUCAGUGCUGAAUACUGAGA